AUGCACCUGCUGUUUGCGGGUCGAACAUGCCGGGUGGGCUGUUCUUCGCGCGACGGCGGCGAGCCGCACCGAGGCGGCCCUUCUGCUCCCGGGCCGUGUGCGGUCAGCAUUCGCCGCAUCAGCAAGCCGGGCGCCCAACCGGAUCCCGGCCCCGGCGAAAAGGACGGGGCCCAGUGGAGGGAGGGCGAAAUGGCCCCGAGAGAGCGCGCGGGAGGCGGCGUGCGACGUGGCGGCAGUUCCCCCGGCAUAUACGGGGCGUUCGCCCAGCGGCCUUGCUGGCCCCGCUGGGGGGAAAAGAAAUCCGCCCCAUGCAGGCGAUGGAAGAUAGAAAAGGAUGCGGGGGAACACCUCUUCCCGCGCGCGCUGGCAGAGUUCGCGACGCGGGCAGGGCAAGGCACGCAAAGUCGCGCCGUGGUUCGGAAACAGCUUGUAUGCGAGAAGACGCCGGAAUGCCGCAUCCCCGCGCGGCCGGAACAAUCCAAAUUUGGUCCGAAGGAAUUGGGGGGCUCCAUUUUGGCAAGCAACUGGCCCGGCUCGCUUGCGGCCUGUUCGGCCUCCCAAACCGUGAACCGUUUCCCCGUCCAUGGCGACAAUACGUCUGUGGGCGGCGUCGCUCGCCCGUUGGGUGGAGGGGGCGCCCUUUAUUUUACUCUUUUGCUUGUUUUUUCUGAUUUUGAUUCUUUUGUUUUGACUUUAUGCACCCAAUUGGCGGCAGCAUAA